AUGGUUUCAGAGCUGGGGGAAAACUUCAGUCAGCAGAUAAUUAGUCUUUUAAAAUAAGCACAAGAAGGGAAAACCACAAAGAAAACCUUCCAGUAGUCUCCUGCUUGUGAAGGUUGCCAGCAGCCCUGCUCUGAUUCUAAAGGGGUCGCAGCUAUAUGCCGGCAUAGCUGAAACAUCUGUUGUGAAAUCCUUCUGUUUGGAACUCCUGAUAAGAGGGACUGCUGGAGGAUUGGCUGGGAGAGGCUCUACAGGCAGCCUUUCCCUCCUCCUAGUCAGAGGAGAACUUAGGAGACAGCUACUGUUUUAUUCUCCAAGAGGGAGCGAGCAGGAAGUGCUGGGAUAUGCUUCACGCCAGAAACCUGGAGUUAUAGAGAGGAGGAGGAGGAGAGCUCAUGGGUGCAGUUUGUGAGCAGUUGAAACACUGAUAGCAGAGCAGCAGAGGAAAACCAGACCUCUGCCAGAGCGAGUAGGUCCCCAAGCCAUCCUGAUGGAAGGAGAAGCAGCUCCCGAAGCCAGGAGAGGAGCCGGCAGAGCCACACGAAUCGCCCUCGGUGUCUUCCUGAGUGCUACUGUUGUGCUUGGCACCACACUUUUCUUGGUGAGCCAAGGCCUGAUAAAGUUUCAUUCGAAGCAGCAGUACUGUUUGACCUCAGAAUGCAUUGAAGCUGCUGCUGGCAUCCUGAGCAAGGUAAACCUCUCGGUGGAUCCGUGUGAGGACUUCUACCGCUUCGCCUGCGACGGCUGGGUCUCCAACCACCCCAUUCCCGAGGACAUGUCCAACUACGGCGUCUACCCUUGGCUGCGCCACAACGUGGACCUCAAACUGAAGGCCUUGCUUGAGAAGCCCAUCAGCAAGAGACGAGACAGUGAAGCUGUCCAGAAGGCCAAGAUCCUGUAUGCCUCUUGCAUGAAUGAGAAUAAAAUUGAGAAAGCUGAUGUGAAACCCCUGCUGAGUUUACUGAGGCAUUCCCCCUUCCGCUGGCCUGUGCUGGAGUCCAACAUUGGAGCUGAAGGGCUGUGGUCAGAAAGGAGGUUCAGCUUAGUCCAAGCCUUGGCAACGCUUCGCGGUCAGCACAGCACCUCGGUCUUCCUCCGUCUGUACGUGGCUGCUGAUGACAAAGCCUCCAGUCGCUACAUCCUGAAGCUUGACCAAGCAAGCCUCUCUCUUGCAUCUCGAGAGGAUUACCUAGAAAACACCACAGAAGCCAAAUCUUACCGGGAUGCCUUCUUGCAGUUCAUGGUCGACACAGCAGUGCUGCUGGGCGCCAACGCUUCCCGAGCCGAGGCUGACAUGAAGUCUGUUCUAAAACUGGAAGUGAAAAUAGCUGAGAUCAUGAUUCCAUAUGAGAAUCGAACAAGUGAGGUGAUGUACAACAAGAUGAACAUAUCAGAGCUCAGUGCCAUGAUUCCACAGUUUGACUGGCUGGGCUACAUCAAGAAGGUGAUCGACACCAAACUCUAUCCGGAGCUCAAAGACAUAGGUCCUGCAGAGCACGUGAUUGUCCGUGUGCCUCAGUACUUCAAAGAUUUAUUCAGGAUAUUAGAAAAUGAGAGGAAAAAGACUCUUGCCAACUAUCUGGUGUGGAGGAUGGUUUAUUCAAGACUGUUUAACCUCAGCAGACGUUUCCAGUACCACUGGCUUGAAUUCUCUCGGGUGAUCCAUGGAACCACAACUUUGGUGCCUCAGUGGGAUAAAUGCGUGGACCUCGUUGAAAGCGCUCUGCCCUACGUCGUGGGCAAGAUGUUUGUGAAUGCCCACUUUCAAGAAGACAAGAAGGAGAUGAUGGAGGAGAUAACUGAAGGGAUUCGCUGGGCCUUCAUUGACAUGUUGGAAAAAGAAAACGACUGGAUGGACUCUGAAACAAAAAGAAAAGCUCUUGAGAAGGCAAAAGCAGUCAUGGCAAAAGUGGGUUACCCUCAGUUCAUCAUGAAUGACACAUAUAUUAAUGAAGACAUCAAAACACUGAAGUUUACAGAAAGUGAUUACUUUGGCAACGUGUUGCAAACGCGCAAGUAUGCAGCCCAGUCAGAUUUCUACUGGCUUAGGAAAGAAGUCCCCAAAACAGAGUGGUUUACAAGCCCAACUACCGUCAAUGCUUUUUAUAGUGCAUCUACCAACCAGAUCAGAUUCCCAGCAGGAGAAUUGCAGAAGCCUUUCUUUUGGGGAACAGAAUAUCCUAGGUCAUUAAGCUACGGUGCCAUAGGAGUCAUUGUUGGCCACGAGUUCACUCACGGAUUUGAUAGCAAUGGUCGGAAAUACGACAAAAAUGGAAAUCUAGACCCAUGGUGGACAAGUGACUCUGAAGAGAAAUUUAAAGAGAAAACCAAAUGUAUGAUUGAUCAAUACAGCAAUUACUACUGGAAGAGAGCUGGCUUGCAUGUGAAAGGCAAAAGGACUUUGGCAGAAAACAUUGCGGACAACGGAGGCUUGAGAGAGGCUUUCAGGGCUUACAGGAGAUGGAUUACAGAGAAGAGGGGAGGAGAAGAAGAGCCUUUACUGCCAGGCCUUGAGUUCACACACAACCAGCUUUUCUUCCUGAGUUAUGCCCAUGUAAGAUGCAACUCCUUUAGACCAGCAUCUGCAAGAGAGCAAAUAUAUGUUGGAGCUCACAGUCCUCCUCAGUUCAGAGUGAUCGGCGCCAUGAGCAACUUCGAGGAGUUCCGGAAAGCUUUCAGCUGCCCACCCAACACCACCAUGAACCGCGGGGCAGAGUCCUGCCGCCUCUGGUAGAUGGCCCUCUACCAGGUCUUCUGUCAAGAGGGGUGGAGCCACAAUGUGAACUGCUGCAACCUGAGCUCAAUGCUAGAGCUUCAGAAUCACAUUUAGUGAUCAGGGGAGAAAAAAAAUCCUCUUCCUUAUCAUAGAAUGGUCUGGGUUGGAAGGGACCUCUGAAGGGCAUCUCGUCCAACCCAUGAUGAUGAGCUGCAUGGACCUAAUAAGUCUCUAUUCAGAGCCUAGAAACUCUCACA